AUGUCAAGUUUCUCAAACAGAACCAUAAGUUCCACAAACUCCUUCUAUUCCAGACCCCAAACUUUAGAUUAUACAGCUGAUAAUAUGCAAACAGAGAUUCCAAACCCCCCAGCAAGCGACAAGUCCGAAAUGUACCGUCGGGAUUCAAGAGAUCGCGAUCACGAUCGAUAUCGAUAUCAAAGAUCCAGCGCGCCAUCUCCCGAUGAGCAAUUUUUCCGCUCCAGGAAUCCAGCAAGAGAUUCAUCACGAUUCUCUCCAAACAGAGGAGGAUGGUUAAGCAAUCCUUCUCCUUCCGGAUCCUUCUCCUCUUCACGUACAGUACUAAGAUAUUCAGCAGGUAAUCCCGAUCCCGGUCCCAAGCCAUCCACCCGCUCCGCAUCCUACUCCUCAUCUACGGUGUCCCGCUCACCAUCGUCAUCGUCUUCAAUUGUCCGCGUUUAUGACGAUCGAUUUCAUGAGCUGCAUGAUGAUCGAUUUCGCCGCUCGGUUUCCCCGCCAGAGAGAUUUUGCAGCGCCGGGAGAGAGCUUAGGGAUCGUGCGGAUGAGGAUUUGAAUAGGUAG